AUGGACGCAACAUUAGGCCAAAGUGGUAGGAUCGGUGGUAGGAUCGGCGGCAGAGAAGGGAGUGAUGAGGAAAUUUUUGAUCGGGUAUGGAAAAAGAUGGGAUUUAUAGAAAAUAUGCCGCUUAGUGAGAUGUAUGGGUUAUUGAAGAAUAUAGAGGAUGAAAGCAACGAAAAACGGCGGAAGGCCAAUGAUCCGGGAGUGGUGGUGAUGGCACAGAUGGUGAUUAACAGGGUCCAGGAUAUGUUUGGGCAAAAAGCCGAAAGAAUCAGUUUUCUGAAAGAAGAUUCAGCUAUGAUCUUGGAGUGGAUAGUUAGCGAAGGAGGUGGGGAUGACGCGGGAUACAUCGAGACAGAAUUCGUUUCACACGGUCCAGUGAGCCGGCGCUUUUCUGUAAGCGAUAGUGACGAUAUGAGCGACGACGAGACGGCGUCUUUGAUGGAAGUUGAUCGAAUAGAGUGCAAAAGAAGUAUGAGUGUGCCGUCAAGUAUUUGUGAUAGUCAUAUUGAUAUGGCGUGCAGUCUGAAGGUGACGGAGUUCAACCUUUGCAAAAUCUUGGAAGACUUGGAGGUGUACCAUCACAAUAUCGAAAUGAACUUUGCAUCUCUAGAAAGCCGGUUGGAUGGCAUUAAGAACCAGAAUGCGUACCAUUUACAAUAUUUGAAGGACGUAGGACGCAUAAAUGACGGGCUAUUCGAGAAAGUCAGGUUUAUGAGACACGAGGUGUCUGAGGUUCAACGAGAACUUUCCAAGCUCACAGAAGUAGCUAACGGCAGUACUGGCGAUAAAGAGCCUACAGUGACUCGAAUUGAUUUAGUUGGAACCACAUUAUCCCCAGGAGAUACCCAAAUAUACCACCAGUUGACCAAACCAGGUACUAAACCAUCAAUUCACGUACCCAACGAUGCCACGCAAGGCCAAACUACGAAUGUCACUACACAUACAACAACUACUACUAUUUUAAUUGCAUUUAUCUCAAUCAUCAUUUUUAUCAUGUCAUUUUUCACUAGCAAAUAG